AUGCCGAAGUGUCUGAUUGUCUUUUUUGCUCUUCUGGGGCUUGCCUCGGCAGUCAAGUUCUCAGUUCCACUGAGAUCAUCUGGAUCGUUGAAAGAGAAGAUGGUUAGGGAAGGACGCUAUUCGGAAUACUUAAUGCAACGAAACAGUGCAGUUCGACAGAAUUUGGUGGAUACAAUGGAUGAGUUUUAUGUGGCGGAUAUUGCGCUGGGGACUCCAGCGCAACACUUCACCGUAUCUCUUGACACUGGUUCCUCCGUAAUUUGGGUGCUGGAUUCCCACUGUGACAGUCAGAAUUGCCAUGAAUACACGUUGAAUCAUACCAUGAAAAGUGCAUAUAAUAAUGAGACAUCCUCUACGUUUGUGGAUGCCAACAAGAACUUUUUAUUCUAUUAUUCACAGUCUGAGAUCUAUGGAUUACUUGGAAAAGAGAAGGUCUCGUUUUCUGGAUUCAGUCUUAGCAACCAAGAUUUCAUUCGGGCUACAGUACUCCCAGACGUUUUUACCCAGCAGCCGAUCGAUGGAGUUUUUGGACUUGGAUGGGCUCCAAAAGAGGAAUUAACAGGUGUUGGGAACCCGAUGCAAGCCUUAUUGCCACAACUUGACCAGCCGAUGUUCUCGAUUUGGAUGCAGAGGAAUGACGGGAUGGGAUCAGCUGGUGCAAUCACGUUUGGAGGAUUUGAUAACGUGGCUUGUGACAAGAAUAUUCAAUACCUGCCACUAGCGGAGCCCGGAGUUUGGGGAUUCACUGUGGACAGCGCUUCGAUUGGCAUUUUUACUCAUAAGCGGUCAGGAAAAGCAAUCUCCGCGUCAGGAUCAGGAUGGACUGGUAUCCCUGACAAAUUUAUGCCUCAAGUCAUCAAAGCAACCAAAGCCAAGUAUGAUUGGAACUAUGAGUUAUAUUAUGUCCCAUGCUCCACCGCCGCCUCCCACCCGGACAUCAAACUGCAUAUCGGAGGAAACGAGUAUCAUAUCACAUCUGCGGAAUAUGUGCUCGACAUCGGAUUAGGAAAUGAUAAAUGUGUACUUGCGAUCUUUGUGGAUACUGGUUUGGCGCCAGAGGCCGAUUGGAUUCUUGGAGACGCGUUUAUCCGAAGAUAUUGUCAAAUUUAUGAUUUCGGAAACUCUCGAAUGGGAUUGUCGAAGUUUAUUCAGCGGGAUUGA